UGGAAGGCGUGUCACUCACGAAGUGACAUCUCUUUUUGGGCUUGUGAUGAUGCCGGCUACCACGCAGACAAUUCUUCACGCCGUCCUCUCACGGGCAGCAUCAACAGAACUGGAGACGUGGCGAAAUGAAAUGAGCUCACUUACCGAGAGUGAUGGUGGCGCUAUGGCCGAAAGGAGUUUGGAGACAAUAAAGCGAGACGUCGACCGGCUACUGCGUUUACGCGAUGCACUUGAGCGACUACAGGAGACCGAGCCUAAAGUGCCACAGCUGAGUCUCCGGCAACUGCUGCAUUUAAUCCGCUUUCGUGUUCGCCACCCGGACGACUUUACACCUGGAGUGGAGUCCGCAUUAUUGCUCCCGCUCAUGAAUACACUGACGGCCGAGCAAGUGCGGCAGGCCAUGCAUUCUUGCGGUUUUCAUGGCGUGAGUGAUCACGAGGAGAAGCAAAAACAACAACAACGGCAUCAUGGGACGCGAAAGGGUACAGAAACGGUGGCCGAUCUGUCCGAAGGACGUCGAGGUAAACGCCACGAUGUUCUCACAGAAGUUUCGGCUUUGAAAAAUACCAAUGCUAUCACUGAAUGUCAGGGCUGUGGGUUUAUGCGUGUAUUCGCAGUACAUGGUAGACCUGUUUUUUGCAGCAGUCGUGUAUACUCGGAGGAGGAACGGGCGAUGGUGCCGUAUGUCCCUUACUUCCACUCCAAUCCUGUGCAUGAGUCCAUCAUUGCAUGGCUCGCAAAGCAGUACGCUGUGGGAAACAAUAUCUUGUUAAUUGGGAACCAGGGUGUUGGGAAGAACAAGGUGGUGGACGCUUUUCUUGCGCGUAUAGGCGUGCCACGGCAGUACAUUCAACUCCACCGUGACACAACCGUUGGCACCCUCACAAUCAAUCCUACCGUUGAGGGGGGUCGCGUUAUCUGGUCGGACUCACCGUUAGUGAAGGCGGUGCAGCGUGGGCACUGUCUUGUCGUGGACGAGAUUGACAAGGCACCGGUAGAAGUGGUGCAGGUGCUGAAGGGACUUGUGGAGGAUCACGAGAUGCGUCUCCGCGAUGGACGGCAGAUACGCGGUCCACGGGCACGUGUCGUGGCCGUGGACAGCGACCCCAAGGAAGAGGCAAAUAUCAUUGCUAUGCAUCCGGACUUUCGCAUCAUUGUUCUGGCGAAUCCACCGGGGUUUCCGUUCCAUGGCAACGACUUUUAUCGUGAAUGCGGUGACUUGUUUGCAUCGUAUGUCAUGGGCAACCCAGACGCUCUUUCACAGCUACGCGUACUGAAGGCAUACGGACCAAACCUCCCUGACACCCUGCUGGUGCGACUCAUUAGUGCUUUCCAAAGUCUCCAGAAGAGUUUUGAAGAGGGCCAUCUCACAUAUCCCUUUUCUCUGCGGGAGUUGAUUGCGGUGGUGAAACACAUGGCGGCGUUUCCACAUGAUGGCAUUUACGACGCCCUUAACAACGUAUUCAAUUUUGACGCACGCAACGAAAACACGCUGCACCUUGUCCGUCAGGUGAUGCAUCUUCAUCUUCACCCGCUUGUGAGCGCUGGUGGCAUGCGGCGUCUUCUACCGUUGCGUGCUGGACAGUCCUUGCCACUGCAUGUCUCGCCACAGUCUCUGCAAGUUCCAGCAACGGCGUCAUCAAAAUUGUCAACAACGCCAUCAGUGAGCGAUGCCACAUUACUUCCAGUGCGGUUUCUUACCGAUGCGGACUGCGAUAAACCAUACAUUGCACAGUCCGUUCCCACCUGGUGUGAGCAAUACAAGGAGUCGGAGUUUGCAGCCGUCGUGCCAAACGUCGAGUCAGAGGGAUUUACAGAAUGGCUGGCGGCUCCAAAUAUCCCUUUUCUACGUUCAGGAGAUGUCGUGCUGGGCAUCACGCCUGUGGAAACAGACGUUGACAUGGGGGCUCUCAUCACCCUCGCGGUUCUUUUUUUACGUGAAGAGGCUACCAACGACACGAGUAAUAAUAACAGCAGUCGCAUUAAAAGGAUUCUCCUCGCUAUAGUGGCACCGCCGUCGGUUGCCUCUUUCGGGAUGGUGACGAUGCGUCGUUCACAUCUUUCUUUGGGCCAGAUUCAAUUCUUUGACUUGACGCGUUUUUUUCCCGCUGCUGACCUUUCCUCGUCUUCCUCCGCCUUGGCACCAUCGUUGCAUGCAUUCAAUGCCGAACCUCACAGUUCUUUUCUUGUCACUGAAACACAAGCCGGCUGGCUGAAUGAAGCGUUUGGCGCCCCCAUUCCGCUCGUGGCUGUGGUCGAUGCCCAGUCGGGCCUCGUGCUGCUGAUUAACACUGCUGCGGCUGCGGUUCACUCAUGCGACGUUCCUCCGCGGCAACAAGGGGAGGAAGAAGAAUGUGCUCGAGGCGCCGUAUUACCCGUCCGAAUCGCACCGCCCUCCUGUGAGCCAUCGUUAUGUCUCUGUUCACUCCGACCACUGAGCGGUAUUGUCGCCAUGACGCGACCAAGAAGUCCGGAGUUGUUUGUUUGGAUGAACGGUCAACGUAUUGUCGUAACACUACCCGCAGCGAGUAUCGAUAAAUUGCAGUUCGUGACCGACAAUCUAGCAAUGGUGUCCCUCCGAGUCGGGGAGAAGGUGAGUAAUUGCCUUCUGAAAAUGGCCGUCUCGGCAGACGGUCAAGCAAAGGCGAGUCUUCUUCAUCUUCCUGACGGCAUCUCAGGGGAUAUCGUGGGAUUUGCGGGGAAUCAAGCAACGGCAUUGCCGUCUGAUCAUGCGCUCUUACAACCACUCAAGCUGGAGGAACUGAAGGGGGCUGUCGUUGUGCCAAGCUUUAGCGAGACAAACCGUGGAGACGUUGUGUACAUGACGCUGGACGAGUAUUCACCAGAGAAAAGGAUGUGGUCAGUGCGUUUAUUCACUGACGCCGAUGCCGCAGCCGCCGUUGGUACCGGUUCGCUGCGUGUAAGUCACCCAAAUCAUCAGCUGCUGGCGACUGAAUGGUCCUCGGCAGAGCACCGUGGCAGGAUUGUUGCAGUUGACUUUCAGCAGCACAUGGUGCGCCGCUUUGCUCCCCCACCCACUGCAUCAUCAUCAUCAUCAUCGCAAGAUCCCGGUAUGCCGUUGUUCGCACUGAACGAGGGAACGGGAGUGGCGCUGUGGUACGACAACACUGCACAGCGACUGCUAGUUGCAGAUGUCGUGGAGGAACGUGUGCAAAAACGCUACCGCAACUGGUCUACCUUGCUUGAGGGUUCUGUCAAACAGAUCGGAAACGUUGCUUCAACGACAAGGCAGCCACUCUCGAUGACGUACAGUAAGCCACGUGCGAAGCCCUCCGGCACGCUCAAACACGGCAAGGAGGAUGACGAAGAACAUCACGGCGGCAACACCUACGCGGGUGGUACGGGCGGCACGGAUACUGCAGGGCUUGGUGGGAUUGUCGGGCCGUACCGUCUUGACAAGGGGUGGCCUGUGCACCAGGUUUCACCUGAGGAGAAACAACGGGUACCACCUCACAUUAUUGAAGAGGCAAAACGCAUGGGGAAGGCCGCUCUAGAGGAGCGAUUGCGAGAAAUUGGGAUGAGUGCGAAGGAGUAUGAACAGUACAGGGCACUACAGGAGCGUGUGCAGGCCCCGGUUGCGUUGCUGCGAAGUGUUCUGAGUGGCUUGAAAGCAGCAGAGGGUGAACGCACGUGGCUGCGGGGUCAGACGGAUGGCAUAUGGGAUGACAGCAAGAUUGUGGAGGGCAUCGUUGGUGAACGCAACAUCUACAAGCGCCGGGAAGAAUCCACUGAAACGAACCCGUUUCAGUCUAAACACAAGAAACGUCUGUUGUUCGUACUGGAUGUGAGCGCCAGCAUGUACCGUUUUGAGGGAAUGGACCAUCGAUUGACCAAAUUGUUGGAAUCCACCGUAAUGGUCAUGGAGGCAUUUGCCGGAUUUGAGGAGAAAAUUGACUACGCGAUGGUGGGCCACAAUGGCGACAGCGCAUGCAUUGAGCUGGUUUCUUUUGGCCAUUCACCCGCCAAUCAGAAGGCGCGAAUGGAGGUGUGUCAGCGCAUGGUGGCCCACGCACAAUACUGCUGGUCAGGCGACAACACAGUGGAGGCAAUGCGGCAGAGCAUUGAUCUUGUCACGGCAGAAAAGGGGGAUGCAUAUUUGGUGUUUGUUAUCAGCGAUGCGAACUUGCCGCGGUACGGCAUCCAGCCGAGUGAACUGAGCGCAAUCAUGCGAAGUCACAAGGAGGUACAAAUGUUUUGUAUCUUCAUUGCGACACUGGGUGAGCAGGCAUCAAAUCUGCAGGCAGAGAUGCCGCCUGGUCACGGAUUUGAAUGCUUGGACACGCAGGCGCUGCCACAUAUUCUCAAGCAGAUAUUUUUUUCGGUGAAUCUUCUAUAA